AUGAAGACUAGUGGUGGCCGAUUGCGUCCACUUGUAGCUGUACUUGGCCCAACUGGUUCUGGAAAAUCACAAAUAGCAUUUGCAUUGGCCAAAAAAUUUAAUGGAAGCAUUAUAAAUGCUGAUGCUAUGCAGAUGUACAAAGGAUUAAAUAUUAUUACCAAUAAACCCACUCCUUCUGAGUUAAACGCGUGUCCUCAUCAUUUAAUUGACUUUUUGGACCCUUUAUAUGAAAAUUAUAAUGUCAAGAUGUACAAGCUUGAUAAGUUAAUUGAUGAAAGAGUUGAUAAAAUGCUGGAAAAUGGUCUGGUUGAUGAACUUGUCGAUUUUCAUCAUCGUUAUAGUGAAAAUCAGACCUAUGAGGGGUGUAGUAGACCUGAAUGCUAUUGUGUAUAUAAAUUAGAUGCCACAGGAUCCAAGGAUCUGUCGACAGACGUAAUUCCAAUGGCAAUUACCAUUGUUGCGGACUAUUUGGCUGUAUUGUCUCUGGUGAUUAUAAUUCAGAAACAAUCAUUACCCCUGCCGGAGACAAUUACGUUAUAUCAGGUUAAUGAAAGUAUUAAACUUUUUUUCAAUAAACUUAAAACAGGUUCUCAGAUAUUACCCGAUCAGUAUGCAAACUGUCAAGCAAUGCAAGCACUUUUUAAGAUUAUCAAAAUACCAUAUAAUGUAGAAUAUUAUAAAAAUGCAGAAGAAAUUUCUCCAAACGGUUAA